AUGCCUGGCCGGAUUACCUCCUCCCCGUCGAGGCCCUCCUCGCGGGACUCGUACGAUGGAAGCCCAACGAGGAAGGCUGGCGUCAUGGAAUAUGACGAAUAUCCCGCCGUUACCUUCCCGGGCUAUGCGGAACAGCCGCUCGACAAACAGCUCGAGCCAAUCGCCGUGGUCGGCAUGGGGUGCCACUUGCCGGGAGAUGUCCGGAGUCCCGCCGAGUUUUGGGACAUGAUGAUGAACAAGAGGACUGGUCAGACACCCAAGGUGCCGGCCAAUAGGUUCAACAUCGAUGCCCAUUUCCACGAGAACAACGAUCGCCCGGGAAGUUUUGGCGUCUUAGGAGGAUACUUUCUGAAAGAUGAGCUGUCCGACUUUGACCCGGGCCUCUUCGGCAUCACACCAAUCGAAGCCAUGUGGAUGGACCCUCAGCAGCGGAAGCUCCUGGAGGUCGUCUACGAGGCUCUGGAGUCGGGUGGUAUCCCACUGGAAAAGAUCUCAGGCACACGGACAGGUGUGUUCGCCGCCAGCUUUACGGCCGACUGGCAGCAGAUGGCAUUCAAGGAGCAUUCGUUCCGUCAUAAUCUGGCAGCAACGGGUGUCGACCCCGGCAUUAUCAGCAACCGUAUUAGCCACGUCUUCAACCUGAACGGUCCGAGCAUCCUCUGCAAUACGGCCUGCUCAUCCUCCAUGUACGCCCUUCAUAACGCGUGCAAUGCCCUACGCAACCGGGAAGCCGAUGCCGCCAUCGUUGCCGGCGUCAACCUGAUCAUCACGGUUGAUCAGCACAUGAACACGGCCAAGCUUGGCGUUCUGUCUCCCACAUCGACCUGCCAUACGUUUGACGCGAGUGCCGACGGGUACGGCCGUGCCGACGCUGCGGGCGCCGUCUAUCUGAAGCCUCUCUCGGAUGCGGUCCGUGACGGCGACCCUAUCCGUGGUGUGAUCCGAUCUAGCGCCGUUAACUCCAACGGCAGGGUCCCGGGUGCUGGUAUCACCCACCCCAACCGGGAAGGCCAGGCCGACGUUAUUGCCCACGCGUACGAGCGUGGCGGUGACCUUGACCCCCGGCUUACCGGCUACUUCGAGUGCCACGGAACGGGCACGUCUGUUGGUGACCCGCUCGAGGUGCACGCCGUCUCCCUCGCGAUGAACAAGGACCGCCAGCCAGGCGAAGACCCGCUGUUGAUCGGCGCCGUCAAAACGAAUAUCGGACACAGUGAGGCGGCUAGUGGACUGUCAGCCCUUAUCAAAGCCAUCCUCACGGCGGAGCGCGGUGUCAUCCCCCCUGUCAGGGGUCUCGUCAACCCCAGCCCCGCCAUCAAGUGGGAUGAGUGGAAGGUCCAGGCGCCGACUGAGCCCACGCCAUUCCCGGCCCACCUUCCAGUCAAGCGUGUUUCGAUCAACAGCUUCGGCUAUGGAGGAACCAACGCCCACGCCAUCGUCGAGAACGCAGAUUCGUUGCUCCGCAACAUGCCCAGACAGCAAUACCGGUUCCGCGACGACAACACUGGCAGCGGUCAGAAGUCGGCCAUGCCUCGCCGUGCAGCUCACCGUCGCCGUCCUUUUCUUCUGCCGUUCUCGGCUCAUGACAAGCCCACGUUGCUGCGGAACCUUGAGGCCCACGGAAAGGUGAUUUCCCAGUACAACCUGCUCGACUUAUCCUACACCCUCUCCAACCGCCGCAGUGUUCUCCUGAACAAGGGCUUCACUGUCGCCAGCCACGAAACACUGGACGAUGCCUUCGGCAACCUAGCCACCUCGUUCACCUUUGCCGACGGCAAGAAGCGCGGACCCAAGCCGCCCACUGUUGGCUUCGUCUUCACGGGCCAGGGCGCACAGUGGGCCCGCAUGGGUGCCGAGCUACUCGACCCCGUCCUGUUCAACCAGGCGGUGCAGACGAUCCUGACGGCUGAAGAGUUCAGUGAUGUCGACCUGCUCAUCGAAGUGGGCCCCCACUCGGCCAUGUCCGGCCCCAUCAAGCAGAUCAAGGCCGCCCUGGGCCGCGAGAAGCUCGAAUACAUCCCUACCCUUCUCAGGGGCACCGACUCGGCCGUCCAGCUCCUGAAGGUGGCCGGUGAGAUGUUCCUGCGGGCCUACCCCCUCGACAUGGACCACGUCGCCACAGCCUACGUCGAGUCGGGCAACAAGCUGGCCCCCGCGCCGGCCAUCAUUGUCGACCUGCCGCCCUACCAGUGGAACUACGCGCGCCCGUUCUGGGCUGAGAGCCGUGCCUCCCGUGAGCACCGUCUCCGCACCCACGCGCGCCACGACCUUCUCGGCGAGCGCACCUUUGGAGGCUCGCCUGCCACCCCGACGUGGAGGAACAUGCUCCGCCUUCGCGAUCUCCCAUGGCUCGGCGACCACGCGCUGGGUGGUGAAGUCGUGUUCCCGGCCGCUGGUUACUUCGCCAUGGCCAUCGAGGCUCUGACCCAGCUCAACGAGUUGAGCAGCACCUCCGUUGGGAUCCACAACUACGUUUUACGUGACGUGUCGAUUCAGAAGGCCCUUGUAGUGCCAGACGGUGACGAUGGCAUUGAGGUGCUCCUGGGGUUGAACCCCUCCAUGUAUGGAAGUGGAUGGUGGGACUUUGCCGUGUCCUCCGUCGAUGACGAGGGAGUCAAGAAAGAGCAUAUGGCUGGGACCGUCGGCAUCAACAACAAGCCGCGGCGUGUUGCGCCCAAGGAGGUGCCUCGCUUCCCCCAACGUUCCAGCGGCAAGGCGUGGAACCAGGCCCUGCGCGAGGUCGGCUUCGACUACGGCCCGACGUUCCAGGACAUGGAUGACAUCCGUUUCGACGGCAAGAAAUUCCAGGCCAGCUGCACCACCGCCGUCAAGCAAGAAGUUGACACCUCCCUCGGUGAGUCGCGGUAUGUCCUGCACCCUGCCACGGUCGACUCUGUCCUGCAGCUCAGCAUCGCCGCCAUUUUUGCUGGACGCACCACCGCUAUCAACUACGGUGUCAUCCCCAUCCAGCUGGACGAGGUCACAAUCUGGCCGCCUUCGGAGGAGCAGGUCAAGGCCAGCACGGCGAGCGCGUAUGCAUGGGUCGACAAGCGCGGUGUCCGCUCCUUCGAGAGCAGCGCGCAGAUGCAGACGGCUGACAACAGUCUCCUCUUGGAGAUCGUCAACCUCCGUGGUGUCAGCUACGAGGCUGCCGUGCCCCAAAAGGCCCCCUCUGCCCUGACUGAGCGUUUGUACGGACAACUCAGCUGGGAGGUCGACUUUGACACGCUGGUGGAGUCGGCUGACUUGCAGGGCUUCACUAUUCCUGAGGCGGUGCACCUGGCCCUGUUCAAGCGUCCCGAGACCAAGGUCUUGCAGGUUGGCGGCUCCUCGGAUGUCCAGGACGUGAAGCAGAUCCUUAGCAAGAGCCCGCGCGCAUCCUAUACCAUCGCCGUGGCGUCCGAUGACGAGCUGGAGGCGACCAAGCUGGCGAUGAAGGAGUAUCCCCGUGCCAAGGUCGUCAAACUGGACCUUUCACAGGAGCUGAGCGCGCAGUCUCUGGCGAUAGGCGGUUUCGAUGUCCUCGUUGUUCGUCAAGAACUUGCUGAUGAGGACCUCAGCAACCUUUGGGAGACGGUCAAGGCCGGCGGCUAUGUCUUGUUCGAGACAUCUUCGGGCAUGACCAAGUCGGCCAGAAUCCCGCAAGAAGGCCAGGAGACGAACGCUAUUGCACAACACUCCGUUCAACUGGUCUACGGUACCGCCCAAACUGCCAUUGUCUCGUCCGUCUGGGCCGCCCUGCAGGCGCUAGGCUGGACUGUGGAGGUCACUAGCCUGAAGGACCUCACCGACUCUAAAGUUCUUCCCCAUGUCAUCAUCCUCGCCGACUUUGAGAAGCCCUUCCUCUUCAACAUCACGGAUGAGGAGUUUAGCCGCGUUCAAGCCAUCACCAACACGGCCGCGUCUGUUCUUUGGGUUACCCCCGGCGGGCUUCUCGAGGGCAAGCAACCCGAGUUCGGCAUGGUUCAUGGUCUCGCUCGCACGGUUAGUUCCGAGCAGGCUUCACUUGAUUUUAGAACCGUCGACAUCGACCAGGAUACUGUCACCUUGGAGGACACCGUCAGUGCCAUUGUGCGCAUUGCUAAGCAGCAGUCGGCCCCAACCGACGAGAAGUCAGACCGGGAAUUCUGCGUCGCCAACGGCAAGACCUACAUCAGCCGUCUCGUGGGCAACGACAGCCUCAACAACUCCUUCUCGACCUCGCGUGCUGCUGAGCCCACCGCCUUCUCCUCGGAGGACCACAUCUCUGGCGCCAUCGUCAAGGGCACCGUCAUCUUCCACCAGGAAGCUAUGGUCGAAGACGUUAAGCCUGGUCACGUCGAGGUCCGCGUUGAAGCCAGCGGCCUCACCAAGGAAGGUGUCCUGGUCAUCUCAGGCACCGACUACCCGACCACCUUCAGCCACGAGAUUGGCGGCGUGGUGACCAGGACCGGGUCGGGCGUUACUGCCCUAAAGGUCGGUGACAAGGUGGUCGGGUUCCACGCGGACCGCUUCGCCAGCUACCAGCAAGUGCCGGCUAGCAUGCUCUCUAAGCUCGACACAGACAUCGGCCUCAACACCACGGUCAGCGUGCUAACCGCCUAUGCAUCGGCAAUCCACGGCCUCGAGACGCUUGGUCAGGUCAAGGCCAACGACAAAGUCCUCGUCCUGCACGGUACGGGCAUGAGCGGCGUGGCCGCGGUCAAGGUCGCCCUCAACCACCACGCCGUCCCCUACGUGGUGGUCGAAACCCCCGCCGAAGCCGAGUUCUUCCAAACCCACCUCGGACUCGACGCCGAACAAACCCUCCUCACCAUCACCAACACCACGACCAACCCCGAAGACAACGACGCAGCCGCCUCCACCCUCCUCGCCACCCUCAACUCACUGACCGCCGGCCACGGCGCCGACAUCGUCUUCAGCGCCGGCAACACGGACCCGGCCAUGGCGCGCGAGGCGUGGCGGUACAUCGCGCCGCUGGGCCGUUUCGUUGACGCGGGCCGCAAGGACGUGCUGCACCGGCGCGCGCUCGACUCCGUCCCCGUCAGCCAGCGCGGCGCGUCAUACCUGUCGUUUGACUUGGUGGGUUUGUUUGAUGCCCGUCCGGAGGUGUUGGCGGGGCUGCUGCCGCGGAUUGUGGGCUUGGUGCGGGACGGGGGUGCGGUGGUGCCGGGGCCGGUGGAGAUGGUGCAUCUUGCUGAGUUGGAUAGGGCUGUUGCGGGUUUCUCGGAUGCGUUUGGUGCGGUGAAGUCGGUUGUUAUGUAUGAGGCGUCCGCGGAGAAGUUGGUUUCGGUUGUGCCGGCGCGCCCGCCGCUUCGCUUUAGCCCGGAGUCAACCUACCUGCUUGUUGGGUGCCUGGGUGGGUUGGGCAGGAGUUUGACUUCGUGGAUGAUGGAGUCUGGCGCGCGGCGGUUUACGUUCCUUUCCCGGUCUGGUGCCGACUCCCCCUCGGCUGCUACGCUGGUGGAGGACAUGGAACGCGCCGGCGCGGUGGUGCAGGUUGUGCGCGGCGACGCGACCUCGCAGGCGGAUGUGGUUCGUGCCGUCCAUCAGGUGCCCGCUGAGCACCCGAUCCGUGGUGUGGUGCACGCGGCUAUGGUUCUCAGGGACGGUCUCUUCCACUCCAUGACCUUCGACAACUGGAAGACGUCGGUCGAGCCCAAGAUCCUGGGCGCUGCCAACCUGCACGCCGUUCUCGCGGACGAGCCGCUCGACUUCUUCCUGAUGACCAGCUCCGUCUCGGGCGUGCUCGGCAACACGACGCAGAGCAACUACGCAGCGGCCAACACCUACCUCGACACGCUCGCCCGGCAGCGCCGUGUGGCAGGCAAACCCGCCGUCUCCGUCGUUCUACCCAUGGUGCUAGGCGUGGGCGUCGUUGCCGAGAACGUGGAGCUAGAGCAGUCGCUCAAGCGCAAGGGCAUGUACGGAAUCGACGAGGAGGAGCUGCUCGGCGCGUUCGAGGCGGCCAUCGCCAGCCGCAGCAUCGACAGCAGCAUGGACCACAUCGUUGUCGGGCUGGACCCGGCCAAGCUGCAGAAGGCGGUGCGCGACGACGCGGCCACCGACAGCUUCUGGGUGGAGGACGCGCGCUUUAGCCACGCCGUGCACGACAUGAACGCGUCGGCCGAGGAUGGCAGCGACGGCGAGGGUGGCGGCCAGGCCCAGAGUAUUAUUUCGGUCGUCAAGGCGGCCGCGUCCCCCGCUGAGGCUGUGAGCGCUGUGACGGAGCACUUCGUUGGCAAGCUGGCCCGCAUGCUGUUGCUCGACCGUGAUGAGUUUGAGCCGGAUGUCAAGUCCAUCGCAUCGUACGGUAUUGACAGCAUGAUCGGCGCGGAACUCAGGAACUGGAUCUUCAAGGAGUAUCGUCUUGAUGUGCCAUUCCAGCAAUUACUCGGCGAGACUUUGACUAUCACCAAGUUUGCGAUCCAGCCCCAAAACCCACAACUCACAAUGGCGCCCUCACAGUCCGCCGCGCUCCAACUGGCAGCCCACGCCUUCGCCACCAUCUUCGUCGGUUUCGGCAUUAACGCCAUCCUCCGCCCGACACACGCCCUGACCUUCUUCGAAUUCUCACCGCCCACCUCCCCCAACGAUGCCAAGAUGGUCGACAGCCUGAUGGCCAUCUACGGCGUCCGCGACAUCUUCAUGGGCCUGGCCAUCUACUCAGCCGCACUCUUCGGGACCAACAAGUCGCUCGGGUGGACCCUCAUUGCAGCCAGCGGUGUUGCUGGGGCUGAUGGUGCUGUCUGCUACCUGCAUGGGCAGGGGGAGUGGAACCACUGGGGGUAUGCGCCGAUGAUCACAGUUGUGGGAGUGCUGUUGGUGGGGUUGUUUGAUGGUUCCGGCAAGGCCGCCGCGAAGAAGGCUUGA